GGCGGGGCUCGGCCGGCGUGAGCGCGGCCGCGCGGUGGGAGUGCGGGGCCGAGAGGCGGGCGCUCCGUUUCCGGGUCCGGCCCUCUCCCACCGGCCUGGGCUUGCUCUUCUUCUCCAUGGCUAGCGGCGGCGGCGGCGCGGGCGCGGCGGCCUCGACCAACCUCAACGCCGUGCGGGAGACCAUGGACGUCCUACUUGAGAUUUCAAGAAUUUUGAAUACCGGUUUAGAUAUGGAAACGCUGUCUAUUUGUGUACGACUUUGUGAACAAGGAAUCAACCCGGAAGCUUUAUCGUCUGUUAUUAAGGAGCUUCGCAAGGGUACUGAAGCACUGAAGGCUGCUGAAAAUACAAGCUGACUUCCGGGAAAGUCCUGAACACAUAUGCCAAGCUCUGAAAGAAAAUUUGAAGAUUGCAUUGUAGUCGAGAUGUACAAUGAUAUUACUGCUUGCUGCGUAGAAAAUGUUUUCUUUUUAAAAGAGUUUUAAAACCAUGGCUGUGUGAGUCAGUGGGAAGUGGUUUAAGGGAAACCUAGCAGGCAUGUUUACAUCACAGCCAUCUUGUUAAUGGCCCCAAUUCCAUGGCAUUGCUGUGCUCUUAUUUAUGUAUUCCUUAUUUAUAGCUCUGCUAGCUGUAAUUUCUAAACAGUAUCUCUCAGAUGUACACAGCUGUUGCGCCUGGUUGAAGUUAGUGGAACACAUCAGAGGGGAUGAAUAGUAGUUAUGACUUGUUGACAUUUCCAUUAGAAACCUUAAUUUUGAAUUGUUUAUGCAUAAUAACUGACUAUGUGUUCCACUAGGCUGAAAGUUGAUGGGAUUUCAACAGCCAUUUGUGAAUUUUGCCUUUUUUUGUGUUUCACAUCUUGUUUUUUAGAAAAGAAUCAAAGGCAUAUCUUCUAAUCAUAUCUUUAACAAAAUAUUUAGUUUUUUAAGUAGUCUUUUGGCAGUUAAAAGUAUUGACUAAAACUUAGAACUUUUAGAAACUUAAGAUUUUAAAAAUAAUGCCAGGACUUGGCUUAGCAUUAUUUGUAGUUUUGAACCAUUUAAACCUAAUGAGAGUAGCUGAGAAUGCUUUUCUUUCUAACUUUUAUACCCAAAUAAAGGCCUAUAUAAUAAUGUAUAAAGUGAAAACAGCAAACACGCAAAGUUCCUUUUUAAUUUUAUUGCCUAAAAAUAAUAGGAAUGCUAACUCUUUAAUCCUGAGUGGCUGUUUAAUCAGUACAUAGGUGGUGUAUUUCAACAAAUUGAUUCAUAAUAUUUUCUGAAGUAGGAGUUCCACUUGUUAAAAAAACUAAUGAAAUGUGUACUAGUAAUUUUAAGUGUGACUUUGCAGAAAAAAAUUGUGUGUCAUUAUUUUUACCAUUAAAGCUUAAACUCAUGAAAAUGAUGGUUCAAAAAUAAAUUUAAAAAAUGUAUGAUGGCAUUAGUUCUGUUCCUGUAACAGAAUCUCAGUGGAAUAUUUUCACAGUCUUAAUAUAGAUUUAAUCUGAAUUUUUGCUUCUUAAAUUUUCUCUGACAUUUACAUGAUGUACAAGCAUUCAUUUUUCUGUAGCCUUUUUUGUAGUUCAGACAAAUGGAAGUGGUUUCUAAGAGAUUUAGUAAUUAAGCAGCUACCCUCUCUGCUGCCUGCCCUUAAACUCAUCUCAACCAUUGACGUGUAUUCUCUGCAACCAGAAAACUGGGGCAGAGGAAUUGUUCACCGCAGGCCACCUCAGGCUGUAUAGGCAGCAUAGUGAGACCCAAUCUCCACAGACAAAAUGUGGACUUGUGGCUAUUUUGACUUUUUAAAUGCAUGACAUCUUUACUAAGUAAAUUGAAAGGUCUACUAUAGGCAACUCUCCCAAGUUGGGAGAUAGUAAGAACUUGUAAGAAUUGUAUGAUUGCUGAUGCACAUAUUGCAUGUUAUUUAUAAAAUCAAAAAAUACUUUCUCAGACUCCACAACUUGUAUUUACUUCUAGACCAUAGAGUUGAUAGUUUUAUUUAUGGUUUUGUAGAUUAGGUUAUUUAUAUGUGAAACAAAGUAGGAAAAUAUAUUGAGAAAGGAUUAUAUUUAUAGAGAACAUAUUGUGUCUCAUGUUUAUAGGGAACUAUAUUGUGUUUCGUUUUUAAAUGUAAGCGUAUUUUUAAUGAGCUCAUAAGAAAUAAAGAAACCAAUGAUACAAUGGCA